AUGGGCAACGUAAUGUCUGCAAGUUUCGCGCCAGAGUGUACAGACCUGAAAAAGGAAUAUGACAGCUGCUUCAACGAGUGGUAUAGUGAGAAGUUUUUAAAGGGCAAGUCUGUGGAGAACGAAUGCUCUAAGCAGUGGUACGCCUACACAGCCUGUGUUGACACCCACCUGACUCGACAAGGUAUAAAAAGUGCUCUCGACGAGGCAAGGAAGGAGGCGCCGUUUGAGGACGGAGGAGCCAUCAAGGACCAGGAGUAA